AUGGUCAACAAGGCUAUCGUCGCUUCUCUGCUCUUUGGCGCUGCCAUGGCUGUGCCUUACCCGCCUUCUGCCACAAACGGCGCCAGACACCCUGUGCCUGAUCACGCCUACCCUCACAAGAAGGUCAACGGCGGUAACUACAUGCCAUCGCGUACUAAGACCACUGCCUCCAAGACGUCUGCUGCUCCUGCUGCCGCCAAGGACCAGGGCAAGCGAUCCACCGGAGAGACUGUCAACAACCCCGUGGCCCGAUACGACAACUCCAACAUCACUGAUGGUGUUGGCGAUGGUGUUGACCAGUACACUCUGUACCUCGGUGACGGCAGCACCGGUGCUGGCUGGCCCGACCAGAGCCGGUGGGUUUCUUUCGAGAACAUGUUCAACAACUACAAGGACCAGAUGUUCUCGUCUUGCGACUGGAUGGGCGUCCCCAACGACAGCGGUCCCGAGGUUGGAGCCAUCUGGGACGGUAUCCAGGCUGCUGCCUCUGCCACUGGUGUCGACCACCGUUUCAUCCUUGCUGUCAUUAUGCAAGAGUCUGGCGGCUGUGUCCGCGUCUGGACCACCAACUACGGUGUUCGCAACCCGGGCUUGAUGCAGGACCACAACGGUGGUGCCACUUGCAACGAGAACAACAACGUUCAGAACCCUUGCCCCUCAUCCACCAUCUACCAGAUGAUCAGCGAGGGAACUGCCGGCACCAACGAUGGUGAUGGCCUUGCCAACUGCAUCAACGAGUCUGGCCGCAGCGACGUCUCGGCCUUUUACCGUGCUGCCCGUAUCUACAACUCUGGCUCCAUCUCCAGCACCGGCAACCUCCAGAGCAACGUUGCUACCCACUGCUAUGCUAGCGAUAUUGCCAACCGUUUGACCGGUUGGAGAAACGCCCCCAGCGCUUGCACUUGCGACAGCAACCCCAACAGCUGUGGCUCUGUCAACUUCUAA